AUGAGACCAUGUUCACUCCCGACACGGACCUGGCGACGCGGCUUCCACGACUACUUUGUCACUCACCUGCCGCAAUCAUCCUUGCACCCGGACUCGAACCACAAGCUCCCGCGCCAUGUCGCCGCCCCUCACGACAAGACCUCUGGUAGACAGCCCGCUAUCCUGUCGCCUGCAAGACGCGAUACCACUGUCGUCAGAAUACCGCUCAAGUCGGCAAAACAUCACUAUGGAGCCACUUGUUUAAGAGGAGGACGUCCGCACAACGAAGACACGCAUCAAGCCGGCACCAUCGAGAUUCCUGCUUUCGCCAAACGUCAACCCGUCAGUUUGACCCGCGCGAACAGGCAGUUGCAAGAGAACAAUGGUGCUGCGAGCGAAAGCGGUGACCCUCAGGUCUUUUACUUUGGAGUCUUCGAUGGCCAUGGCGGUGCUCAGUGCUCAGAGUUCUUGAGGGAUCGACUGCACACCUAUCUCGAAGAAUCUGCUGCAAAGUUUCAUAUGGAGAGUAGUCUGCAAGACUCGAAAGAGACCGAGGAUCAUGGACACAAGCAACUUCUGGAGCUCCAGCGCAAUCUGGUGAACUCGUGGAAAGACACUGUAGGCGGCUACUUUCGCCGUUUCCGCCCUCAAUACUUUAGUAUCUUCAAACCGACAGCGAGUACGGACGAGCAAUCCACUGCCGUAAACUCCAUCCACGCUACCUUGAUGUACGCCUUCCUCCACGCGGAUAUGGACUUCACAGCCGCCCAAGCCUCAAAGCAUACACCUUCGCUGCCUUCCUCCACCGACGACCCCGUCCUCAGCGACCGCCCUCUAAACGACAAUGACAUUCUCUCUUCCCCCGCCCGCCCCGCCUCCCAAAACCUCUCCAACGUGCUCAAUCGCCCCAUAGGAGGCCACACACGCUUCCAAGGCGGUUCCACUGCUUCAAUAGCCCUCAUCUCGACACCAACACCCACGCCCUUCUGGAACCCUGCCUCUCCAGCCACAAUCGUCACUGCCCAUUGCGGCGACACUCGCAUUCUACUCUGUCGAGUUGCAGAUGGCAAAGCAGUGCCCUUAACCACAAACCAUCACCCUUCUACCCCCGUAGAAGCAACCCGCCUGCGCAGAUUCGCCGCAACCUUUGUCACCGACUCCUUCGGCGAAGAACGCAUUCUAGGUCUCGCAAACACGCGCUCCUUUGGCGAUAUAUCCUCCAAACGCAUCGGUGUAUCCGCCGAGCCGGAAAUCACUCUCACCCAUAUGGAUCCCAGCGAGUAUUCCUUCUUGGUGCUCAUCAGUGAUGGCGUCACCGCAUCACUCGAAGAUCAAGAGAUUGUGGAUAUUGUCAAGGAAGCCAGAACGCCCGAGUCAGCGUCGAAAGAGCUAGCGACGUUUGCGACAGAGGUGGCAGGCGUGAGGAGCGACAAUGCUACUGCCAUUGUUGUGCGGCUCGGGGGUUGGGAGAGGAGGGUCGAGGGCGGUGGUGGUAGUAUCGGGACAAAAGAAGUCAGAGAGUGGAAGAAGCAGAGGGCAGAGGAUCCGAGGGCUAGUAGACAGUGA